CGGAGCCACAGCCGCCCGGGCCCCGCCAUGCCGACCUCCGGCCUGUCCCGCCCGGGCCCGACCCCGCCCCCCUACGACGCUGGGCAGCCGGGGCCGACCUCGCCGCCUCGGAGUACUGCCUGUACGGGGUCGUUCUCCUCCUCAUUUGGCCUGGCGCGCCCCGGGCUGACGCCGUCCCCCUACGACGCCGGGCAGCCGGGGCCGCCCUCGCCGCCGAGGAGCCCCGCCCGCACGGGGCCCAGCUCCUCGGCCUCCGGCACCUGCCGCCCGGGCCCGCCGCCCACCUGCCAGGACUUCGGGCGCGCGGGGCCGCCCCCGCCGGCGCGGGCGCCCGCGAGCCCCGGCCCGGCGUCCUCCACCUCUGGCAGGAUGAAGCCAGGCCCGCCACCUUCUGCUGCUGACGCAUCAGAGCCCGGGCCGACCUCGCCCCUGCGCAGCCCCGCCCGGCUGGGCCCGGCGACCCCGCCGUCUGGCCGCCUACGCAUGGGGCCCUCGUCGUCCACUUGUGACGUGAGCUGGUCGGGCCCGACGCCGCCCCCAAGAGGAAUCUCGAGGGCUGGACCUGCGUCUCCGCCCUCCGGUCUCGCACGGCCAGGGCUCCCGACGCCAGCGCCGGACCACACGCGGCCGGGCGCACCGCUGUCCUUGCGCAGCACGGUGCGACUAGGCUCCGCGUUCCCCACCUCCAGCUCGGCCACCGCUGGCCCGCCGUCACCAGCCACGGACUUUGUCGAGACCGGCCCGGCGUCGCCUGCGAGGAGCACGUGCCGGAUUGGCUCGCCCUCGCCGACCCCGGGCACGAUGCGCCCAGGCCCGCCGCCGCUGCUGGUCGACGCCGUGACGGUGGGGUCCUCGCUGCUGCUCAGGUCUCUGGCGCAUUUUGGGUCGCCCUCUUCGACCUCCGGUCUUACGAGAAUAGGCUCGCUGGUGCUUGCGCCGGACGGCACCAACGCCGGGCCCCCGCCGUCUUCGAGAAGCCCCGCCCGCGCGGGGCCCGCGCCCCCGACAUGGGGGCUGUGCCGCCCAGGGCCUCAGCCGCCUGCCGCCGACGCCGCGCGGCUGGGCCCGCCGCCUCCUCCCAGGAGCCCAGCCAGAACAGGCUCCGGAUUCUCCUCAUUCAGCAUGUCCCGCUUGGGUCCUUCCUCGUCAGCAUCGGACUUCGCGCACUUGGGAUCAACGUCGUCUGCAAGGAGCAACAUCAAGGUGUCCACGAUCAGCGACGGGCCAGGGACGACCUACAUCAAGUUCAAUGACGCCGGCGCCAGCCAGAUCGACAUGUACGCGGCCAGCAACAGGGGGAUGAGCAUCACCUCGACUGGCGGAACGCUGCACGGCGCGUGGGCCUCCGAGGCCACCGUCGUCACCUCCGACAGGCGGCUGAAGCGCAACAUCGAGCCGCUCUUCCGCACCCUCGCGGCGCAGGCCACGAGGUCGGGAAUCGCUGGCGCGGAUGCGAUGGAGGACGGCGGGACAGCUUCGUCGCCACACGCUGGGCGGCAGGAGAGCGCCGUGGCCCGCAUCCUGCGUGAGCUGAGGCCGGUGUCUUUCCACAUGCGACAGGGUUCGGAGUCGAAGUACCUCAAGUUCGGUUUCAUCGCCCAGGAGCUGGAAGAGGUCUUCCCGAAUCUCGUCAGGAAUAUUGGAAACAAAGACCAGGUGGAGGACGCGAAGGCCAUCGCGAGCCAGGACCUCAUCGCGGUGCUCACGCUCGCCCUGCAGACGCUGCAGAAAGAGGUGGAGCAGCAGAACAAGGAGCUGGCCAAGGCGCACGCGAGGCUGGACGAGCUUGAGCGGGCCGUCUUCAGCUCGAAGAGGAGCUCCACGGAGGUCCACGUCUGACCGCGAGUCUGAGCGCCGCCGCCGCCAGCUCGAGGAGUCUAACUCUCAGGCGAGUGAGAUAGAGGAGUAGCGAGACAAGAGGUCGAGCGAUUUCUGCGUUCCAUGUUAGAUUCCUCAGCUGGCGAACCGCGUGCCUGCACAAGCGCUAGCUCAGAAUCAGGCCACUGCGCAGUGCUCGGUUACUGCCUGCCCUUGCAAGACUGUGCUCCCGCCAGACAGAGUUGGCAGCUCGUGACGCAUGGGCUCCCUCGGACCGGCUCCGACCAGCGGAUCCGGUGGCGCGAGCAAAACGGCCCCCGGCCCGAGCUGCUGAGCGGGGGCGGCACCUGCUUCGCCGCCCCGUGCGGGGCUCCAGGGGCAGGGGGCGGCGGAGGAGGACCACGCGAUGGGGCCACCGGCCAUGCGAG